UUAUAAAGAAAAAUAUUUUUACAAUUGGAAUGGAUAGAUGAUCUCCUCCUAUACAACUUUUAACUCGCAAUUUGUUCAUAAAAAUAUUUUCGUACAAAAUCUAAAAUGUUUAUUCAAAUUUUUUAAAAGAACACUUAACGAGGAGAAUGUCUUGAUAAAAAACAGAUAAAUGUUUCGAAAUAAUCGAUGAACAAUAUAGGGUUAGUAUUUAACAACUCUUCCAUCUUGCAUCCCAAUAAUUCGUCUACGGAUGCUAACUCGACUCGAAUACAUUACGACAUUUUGCAUAACCCGGAAGUGAAUAAUAACUUAGUUAGGAGCCCUCAGAUAGAGUUUUUGUAUUAUGUAGCUUACGGUUGGAUACAACCAUUUAUCUUGUUAAUGGGAAUUAUAGGAAACACCCUAAAUUUGUGUGUUCUUUUAAAUUCAAAAAGGAAACAUUCCACCCAUAUACUGAUGAGAGGCAUGGCAUACGCAGAUUCCAUAAUAGUGUACACGCUAAUCCCUAUCAUAUAUUAUAGGCAUAUAAACUAUUUUAAUCGCCUCAAGAUGAGCAAUGAUUACCACAACCUUACCCUAUUACAAAGUUCUUACGACACUUUGUCAGCUUUCGAAAACAUAUUUCAGCACUCCAAUAUAUCCCCUUAUCCGGCCCUUUAUUUUUACAACACGUCAAACUACACUCAGGUUGACGAUAAUACCCUACCCAUCAUCAUAACUUUGUACCCUCAAAAUGUUAUAUCCAUGAAUUCUAACGAUGCUGCAAAUAAAUGGUACCAAUCCAUUUUAUAUUUAUUUGAAAAGGACUCUAACACCGUAUAUUCUGGAGCUAACGCGACGCAUUCUAUUUUUUACCCCUUCGAUAAUCCUUUAUCUGAUGACUCCUUCAUCUCUAAGCUCGGUCGCAUUUUAAGGAGCAAAAGAUUUUCGACAAUGUCUUCAUUUCACCAAGAGGAAGUUAAAAGCAUUGAACAAUUGAGACCAUACUUUAAGAAUUAUACAUUCGAUAAUUUUACAGUAAACACCAGACAAUUAUACAAAAUAAUGAAAUGGAACAACGAUAAUUCUCUUAACAUUUGGUGGGAAUGGUGGUGGUAUUUAAGGAACAAGAAUAAAAAUUUUAACCCGCAAAUGAACACUAAUAAAGAAUCCUUAAAAAAUUUGUAUAAUUCUAACAACAGUUAUUUUAACGAUAUGUUUAGUACCCGCUGUCGAGAAUCAGAGAUAUCGCCUCUUAUUUUAUAUUGCAAAAAUUUACAAAUCCUCGGGGAAUACAAUCGAAACAAGAAAAAUAUGAACAAGAUCAUCAAUAGACACACUCAUAACUUAAACACAAAAUUUUGGGCUUACUACAGGUUAUACGGCAUGUAUUUUACGGUUAACACAUUUUUUGCUGCUUCAACUUUCGUUACUGUAAGUAUGGCCCUAGAACGUUUGAUUACCGUUUACAUGCCUCUAAAAUGUGAUACUAUAUGUAAUAGAAAACAUACUCGGUUAAUGGUAUUCGCAUCUUUCAUAUCUGCUAUCAUCAUAACUUUACCGUUGGGGCGAGACUACAAGAUCGUUUCUGAGAAGGAAUUAUUCGUCAAAAAAGUUUACACCGCCAAUCAUUCUAUCAACUUGGAUCCGCCAUCUAUCACUAAAUGCGAUCAUAAUCUUUCCUAUUUUUUGAAGGAACGCUUACAUGGCAUCGAUAUUUGGGAUAAGGCGAUCAACAACAAAUUCGACAUAAAAUUGACUCCCAUGAAUAAUUUGAUACAAAGCAAAGGAGCUCACAAAAUGUUUAGGAGCACUUUGGAUCUGAAUUACAAUUUCACCUUUCAAAUUUAUUGCGUGUAUAACCGAAAUGUUAAAAACCGGACUAUAAUACCAAUUACUGUAAAAGGAAACCGAAAGAAGUCUAACGUGGACGCUAAAACGUUAUAUAAUAUAUCGCUGUCCGUUCAAGAUACUAUCAUAUCUAUUACCGUCGCUAGUGUAGUUAAUAGUUAUUACAGGGAACACAAUACUGAAUUAGAUCAAUUAUUCUCAUAUCGAGUCGUAUAUAAAUGGUUAUGGGUUAUUUCUAGCAGAAUAAUACCUAUCAUUUUUAUCUUAACCGCCAACAUACUGAUAGUCAUAAGGUUACAUAAAGCGUCAAAGUCCAGGAAAAGCUUGGUUAACAAUUUUUAUGAUAUUGACUAUCCGAGUGAUAAUGCAUGCCAAUUACUAGAAAACCCUAAAAAUAACUUUAUUAGUGGUUUAAAUAGAAUGAAUAAAUAUUUGCCUAUUAACCUAAUCAAGCAUAAAUAUGAAUUUAAUAAAGGAAACAAGGCGAAUAAAAGGUUUGAGACAAAUAUUGACAAUCGCAAGACUUCGUUUUGCAGAAAACCUGGUAUGGGUCUAGAUGAGAGAGCUUUUAGAGAUUCUAGAGUAAGAUUUGAUUCUCUUAAGAAUUUCUACGAAAAUAAGAGUAAACUCGAAUCCGGGUCCAGUGUCCUAACUCAUCAAAAUCUAAUCCCUUAUGAAAAAGAAUCUCCCAACGAUUAUAAAUCACACCGAACUCUAUCCGAUGUUACAGGCCCAAAGUCAAAAAAACAAUACAAUAAACAAAUAUCUAGACAUAAAUACGUUAAGGAACGUCCUAAAUAUCUUAACCGCCCUACUCUGCACCAAAGCUUAUAUAAAAAUAACCCUAGUAGAGAUCUCGUUAACAGUCUUAGGUCCAAAUACGAAGAAAAAGUUCGUCUCAGUAACAAUUUUGACAAAUCGAACGAAAAUUUAGAUAAUUCUAAAAUAGAUCAAAAUAGCGACGUAGAUAUCGGCCGUUUUUCUAUAUCUUCCUUGCUGUCUAAUUUUCCUUCUUUCUCCUUGUCCAUUACUCCUAAUAAGGGUGAUCGUUCUGCUAAGAAUCUUCAAAAUCAAAAGGGCGGUGGAACCAGUUGCAAACCAAACGAUAGGAGAACCGUUCAUUCUAUGGGUUCAAUCCUAAAUCACAAAUUGGCUAGGAAAGAGCGAAAUCUGACCAAACUCUUAAUAGGGAUUUCCAUACUAUUCACGGUAUCGGUUACACCGCAAGUAUUUGUUAUGACCCAAGGCUACGUGGGGGAUAAGCAGAACUCUUAUUUUUAUCACCUUUUUACAACCACGGCUAAUCUGCUGGAGAUAGUGAACUAUUGUUUGAACUUUUAUCUCUACUGUCUAUGCAGCGAAGAUUUUAGAAGACAUUUGAGGCAUUUUUUUAGAAGUUGUAGCUCCGGAUGUCAUAAAGGAAUAGUAAAAGUUUCGCGAAUCAUAACGAUGAAGACAGACUCCACUUCUAUCUAAAUUAUUUAUCAAAUAGAUAAGAUAUUUUAUUUUGGGAUCAGUAUUAGAAAAUAUUUUUAAAAUAUCAUCAUAAAAUUAAAAUCGAAAUAACAUUUUAAUAAACAUGUAUAGUUUCAUUAUAUUUUAUUG